GGAAAUGUCACUCAUGUUGCCUACCCCUAAAGCCACUGCUCUCUUCUUUUAUUCCUGAAAAUGGAGAGCGUGGAUCAAAUUUUGUCUGAAAGUCCCUCUAUUGAAGAGCUGGAGGAUUUGUUACAUGGGGGUCAGCUGUCCUGUAACCAUGUCGAUGAAGUGUGGCCUAAUUUGUUUCUGGGGGACAUGUACAUGUCUCACGACAGAUAUGGCCUCUGGAGACUGGGUAUAACUCAUGUUUUGAAUGCUGCACAUGGUAAAAUGUGUUGCAAAGGAAAUGAUGAUUUUUAUGGGACAACCGUAAAGUACUAUGGUGUGCCAGCCAAUGACCUGCCUACAUUUGAUAUUUCACCAUUUUUCUACCCGUCAGCACACUACAUUCAUGAUGCUCUCAGCACAACAGGUGCUAAAGUGUUUGUGCAUUGUGCUGUGGGAGUGAGCCGUUCAGCUGCUCUGGUCUUAGCUUACCUAAUGAUAAAUUGCAAUUUCUCUCUGGUGGAUGCCAUCUUGAAAGUGAAAGAAAGAAGAUGGAUCUUUCCAAACCGAGGAUUUCUGAAUCAGCUGAUAACUCUCAACAAUGAAUUAAAUUACAAAGUGCAGUCAAAGUAAUUUUUUUUUAAAAAGUAUGCAAUUCAGAAAUCUGUCAAUUAGAAAUAGUAUCUAAUAACAUUGAACAGUAGGCCUGGCCUACUGAUCAACAACAUUACCAUGAGUAUAAAUAUUUCUUGUUUAUAAUAACAACUUUGUGUCAGAUUUCUGUCCAAUUUGAUUAAAUAUGUAAGAAUUCCAAAGCAAUAUACUUGUACUAUAUAUGGUCAAUAAAGGGGUCAUUUUUGGGCUCUGUAAAUGUCAAUUGUCAUUAUAAUAAAUGAAUGAUUUAUUUAUUUUAUUAUUAUUUGAUAAUUACCUCACAAUACCACUGAGCACAAAUUAAACCUCAAAGUCUGUAUAUUUUUCAUAUAAUACAACAAAACUAAAGUUGUCUGAAAGUGAUAGGGCAUGCAUCUUCCAAGGAUUUAAAUCUUGAACUGAAGUGAAGUAAACAUGCAAAUGUAUUCAACCCAAGCUGAUGAGCAAACACUGUUGUUCCCUCUUUGUCUAUGCAGUACAAUACUACCAAUGUUUACUGAUGUUCACGCAACACAAUUGUCACUUAUUGUCCUGUUCUCUCGUCAUCGGAUGAAUCAUCUCUAAACUUAACUUGUGGAACAGACCACAAUGACCCACCACAGAAAUGGAAUAAGCUGGAAUGGAAAUUACACGAAAUAUAUAGUAUUUGUCCUAAAUAGCCGGGGAACGAAGUGUGUAAAUAAUAAUUAACAAAUGUGAAUGCUUUAAAGUAAAGUAUAAAGUAUAGUGAAUGCUUUAAAGUUUUCACUGUUAUUUUUAGGUUUAAACUGAUGACGAUGUUGUACGUAUGUGGUGCCCGUUAUUUUUUUUCCGCGCUAGUCAGGAUGGACCAAUCAGAGUAAUUUGUGAUUACUGGCCCAGCCAGUAUUUUAUUUAAUUAAAGAAAGCUAAUAUCGUAAUUUAUAUGCCAGUAUUUUGUCUGAUACCAUGCCUUGGGAUACAUAUAUUUAACAUAUUAGUGGCUAUUUCUUUCGCAUAAAAAUAUUUCCAGUAGGCCUACGAUAAAAACAUCCGAAGAUUUGAAUGUGACUCAACUGAUGUUUUUGACAUUCUGAGCCACAAGGCGCCCUCUGGAGGAG